CUUGCACAUGUAAAUGCAGAUGCUCUGCUCAAAUAAUAUUCUGGUGCUUUUGGGCUUUUUGGUCAUCCAAUUAGCCCCUUUCCUCGACAUCACCGGUAACUAACUAGGAGCAUCUUUCGAACGCUAUACCACCAAAAGUUCAUUAGUAUUACCCGUUCAAGCAUAGAGGAUUAACUAAUCUGUCGAAAGACAAGUUCGUUUAUUCUGCUCCAGGAUAUUCUGAAUACUAUAUGCCAGGAGAAAGUUGGCAAGUCCCACACAACACAAACCAGCAAUAAAAAGGGGAAUUCGAGUUCUGCUUUUCCAGAAUUUUGAGGCAGCUUUGUACUGAACGACUGAUGGCUGAUUUUUCAUGAAAAGAUGUUUUUUUUUAACCUUCUAUGGUUCAAUAAAAUGUUAGCAUCACCGAACGCAAUAUUUUGCUAAAGUCUCAAUCAUGCAAACCUAGAGUAUGAGUAUCAGGGUAUCGACCGGAUAUUCUCCACAAUAUCCACAGUUAAAUUCGUUAGUCCCAAGGAGAAGAAACCACUGCCUUUUGCGGUUUUGCCUCAUCUUGCCCCAUGUCAAUUUCAUCCCUUCACCCCACAUGAUAACUAAGCCCAAGGAGAAUGGAAUAGACACGAUAAAUUUAUCUGCAGCCGCCACAACAGCUGCUAUAUAAACACCGAGUUGGUAAUAUCCUCGUAUCACGACCAAAACGAGCAUAAACCAGUAGGCAGUACAAGACACACACAUAAGCCAUGUGCACUGAGAACUACGACCCGUAUUACCCCGACCGGCCGGUGGUCGAUCAGUACAUCCCUGUAUGCGCCAAGCAUCCCGGCCUAGGCUCCAAGCCCGCGUUCAUCUGGGCCGACGACCAGGCCGGCGGCGGCAGCGGCGUGUCGCCGCGCGAGACGUUGACGUACUCCGAGCUGGACUCCGCCGUGCAACGCAUGGCCGCCGGCCUACUCGAGGUUCUCAGGAGAGGUGACACCGUCCUGGUGCUCGCCUCGCCGGGAAUCCGGCUAGUCAAGCUGAUGUUCGCGUGCCAGCGAGCUGGGCUAGUCGCGGUGCCUGUCAUACCGCCCGAUCCGUCCGUGAUCGGCACACCGGCCGAGGGCCCGGCUCACCGGCACCUCCUGCGCGCCGUGUCGCAGGCGAGGCCGCGCGCGGCCGUCGCGGACGCGGGCUAUGUUGGUGCCGUGACGAGGUCGUCGAUCUCGGCGUUGAUGAGCCUGAAUUGGGUGUCGGUUGAUCGCUUGGAGAGAUGGCCGGCGGUGGCUUCGACUGUGGCGGCCACCGGCGAUGGGGUAUACGAGGGCUGUGGGCCGAGGGAGACGUACUUGGUGCAGUACACGUCGGGCGCGACGGGUGACCCGAAGCCCGUCGUGGUCACGGCGGGCGCCGCGGCGCACAACGCGCGCGCGGCGAGGAAGGCCUACGACCUCCGCCCCGGCAGCGUCGUCGUGUCGUGGCUGCCGCAGUACCACGACUGCGGCCUCAUGUUCCUCCUCCUCACCGUUGUCUCCGGCGCCACGUGCGUGCUCACCUCCGCCUCGGCGUUCGUCCGGCGGCCCCGCCUCUGGCUCGAGCUCAUCUCCGAGUUCAAGGCCACCUGCACGCCGGUCCCGUCGUUCGCGUUGCCUCUGGUGCUCAGGCGCGGCCGCUCGGAGCACGGGACGCGGCCACUCCAACUCCAGACCUUGCGGAACCUCAUCCUCGUAAACGAGCCAAUCUACAAGUCGCCCGUUGACGAGUUCCUCGAAGAGUUCGGCCCUGCCGGCCUACGGGCGUCGUCCAUCUCGCCAUCGUAUGGGCUGGCAGAGAACUGCACAUUCGUGUCAACUGCGUGGCGCGGCACGGAGGUGACACUCCCGUCGUACAAGAAACUUCUGCCGUCGGCCAGGCUGCCGCAGCCGUCACUUUUGACCGAGGCGCCGGAUGUCGAGAUUGUCGUUGUUGAUGCAGAGACGGGGAAGCUGGUGGAGGACGGCGUCGAGGGGGAGAUAUGGCUGUCCUCGCCAAGCAACGGGUCGGGCUACCUCGGCGACUCGCCGGCGAGCCGCGAGGUGUUCGGCGCGAGGCUGCAGGGGAGAGCCGGGCCGUGCUUCGUGCGCACCAGCGACCUCGGCGUAGUCCAUGGAACGGAGCGGUAUCUCUACGUUCUCGGCCGGACAACAGAUGCCAUUGUUGUAGCCGACAGCCAGCGCCGCGUGCCCGCGCACUACAUCGAGACGGCCGCCUUCGAAAGCUCGCCGGGCCGCCUGAGAGGCGGCUGCAUAGCCUCGUUUACCACGCUACCUGUGUCACCUUCGCCGGUGGUGGUCGUGGCGGAGCUGCAAAACGGGGGAGGCGGUGGGGAUAUGGCUGGCAUCUGCCACGGCAUAAGGCAAGCCGUGUGGAGAGAAGUAGGCGUAACAGUUGCGCGUGUCGUGCUAGCGGAGAGCGGCGGGGUGCCAAAGACUACGUCGGGGAAGCUGCAACGUGGGGCGGCGAGGGCGAAGCUGCUCGCCGGCAAGCUCCCUAAGGUUUUCGAGGCACGAUAUGCCGGAUUGGAGCCCGCUGCUGGCGUUCUUAUGGUCAAGGAGAGUGCAAGCCGUUGGGCUCGGCUGCAAUCUCCUCUUUGAUGUCCGUUUGAAUAACUUGGAAACUUUCCAGCUAUUUUAUGCACUGAAAUCUGCGUGACUAGUUGCAGCAAUUGAGAUCCUCCGCUGCACUGGAUGUGGAGGCAUAUGAGCUCGAGGGUAUAUGUGAUCCACAUGUUAGCGAGCAGUACUGCACACAUUCUGUACUGCAGAAGACCGUCUUCAUAGUUACAAAGCUUGCAGCUACCUGUAUAUAUGCACUGCAUACAUACACAAGACAUGCUAGUGACGAAACUACACCCUGGAGUACAAAUUCGGUUAAUCCAAAAAAAAAAGAAUUACAGAGGAUUUAUUUCAUACCUAUUUUUUUGCAGAAUUGUUCCUCCUUAAUCUCCUUCGAACCGAAUAAGACCUAACAGUGAUGUAAUCCAUGUCUAUCUACUGUUACUAUAUUAGAGUAAUUCCAAAAAUACCAUUGACAAACGUUCAGUUUUAUGUUUGCCAUA